AGGAGGAGUCGGGAGUGAUUGCGGGGUGGAGGGGGUAGUUAGUUCCUCUCAUUGGAAACCCAAGCUGCGAGGUCGGAACUUGGCCGUGGUAGGGGGAGGGGGAGAAAUAUGCCUUUGAUGUUCUUUGCCGCUGAAUGGUGAAUUGUGUUCGUGCUGGCCUGGAAAUACCCACCACUUUGCUGUGGAGGUGGAGGCGGAGGCAUUUCCCUCCUCCUCCUUUAAACAAGCAAGAAUCACAGAGGAGCUGGUACAGACAUAUUUGCUGUGCGGGCUGAGUGCAGGCAAGAACAAUGGCUACCCAGUCUGAUUUGAUGGAGUUGGACAUGGCAAUGGGAGACAGCAAGGCUGCAGUGAGCCAGUGGCAGCAGCAGUCCUACCUGGAUUCAGGCAUUCAGUCUGGCGUAACGACCACAGCACCAUCUCUGAGUGGAAAGGGAAACCCUGAUGCUGAGGAGGAUGAUCCAACUCUCUACGACUGGGAGUUCAACCCGCCCUUCACUCCUGAGCCUACAGACAUGGAGGGCUAUGCCAUGACCCGGGCCCAGCGUGUGCGUGCUGCCAUGUUCCCAGAGACCUUGGAGGAGGGCAUCCAGAUCCCACCUACUCAGCUGGACGCUGCCCACCCCACAGCAGUGCAGCGUCUGGCAGAGCCCUCUCAGAUGCUGAAGCAUGCUGUGGUCAACCUCAUUAACUAUCAGGAUGAUGCCGAGCUGGCUACUCGUGCCAUCCCUGAGCUUACCAAACUGCUCAAUGACGAGGACCAGGUUGUCGUGAAUAAAGCUGCUGUAAUGGUGCAUCAGUUGUCUAAGAAGGAGGCAUCGCGUCACGCCCUGAUGCGCUCCCCACAAAUGGUUUCGGCCGUUGUUCGUGCCAUGCAGAACACUGGUGAUGUGGAGACGGCUCGCUGCUCCGCUGGCACCUUGCACAACCUUUCCCACCAUCGUGAGGGGCUCCUUGCAAUCUUCAAGUCUGGUGGCAUUCCUGCCCUGGUCAAGAUGCUGGGCUCGCCAGUGGACAGUGUGUUGUUCUACGCCAUCACCACGCUCCACAAUCUGUUGUUGCAUCAGGAAGGGGCAAAGAUGGCAGUGCGCCUGGCUGGAGGACUGCAGAAGAUGGUGGCCCUGUUGUCUAAUACCAAUGUCAAGUUCCUUGCAAUCACUACUGACUGCCUGCAGAUCCUUGCAUAUGGAAACCAGGAAAGCAAGCUGAUCAUUCUGGCCAGUGGUGGUCCCCAGGCCCUGGUCAACAUCAUGAGGACCUUCACAUAUGAGAAACUGCUGUGGACCACAAGCAGAGUGCUCAAGGUGCUCUCUGUUUGCUCAAGCAACAAACCUGCUAUCGUAGAGGCUGGAGGCAUGCAGGCCUUGGGGCUUCACCUGACAGACCCCAGCCAGCGUCUGGUCCAGAACUGCCUCUGGACUCUGAGGAAUCUUUCAGAUGCUGCCACUAAACAGGAGGGAAUGGAGGGUCUUCUGGGCACCCUGGUCCAGCUGCUGGGCAGUGAUGACAUCAAUGUAGUGACAUGUGCCGCUGGCAUCCUCUCCAACCUGACCUGCAACAACUAUAGUAACAAACUCAUGGUCUGCCAGGUUGGAGGCAUCGAGGCUCUGGUGCGAACUGUACUUAGGGCCGGCGACAGAGAAGACAUCACAGAGCCAGCCGUCUGUGCCCUGCGUCACCUGACCUCCCGCCACCAGGAUGCUGAGAUGGCCCAGAAUGCUGUGCGCCUUCAUUACGGCCUGCCUGUGGUGGUCAAACUUCUGCACCCUCCGUCCCACUGGCCACUAAUCAAGGCUACAGUUGGUCUGAUCCGCAACCUGGCUCUUUGCCCAGCCAACCACAGUGCUCUGCGGGAGCAGGGAGCCAUCCCUCGACUGGUCCAACUGCUCGUCAGGGCUCAUCAGGACACCCAGAGGCGCACCAGCAUGGGAGGCAACCAGCAGCAGUUUGUGGAGGGUGUGCGUAUGGAGGAAAUCGUGGAAGGCUGCACAGGAGCUCUGCACAUCCUGGCCCGGGACGUCCACAACAGAAUUGUCAUCAGAGGGCUCAACACCAUUCCACUCUUUGUCCAGUUGCUGUAUUCUCCAGUGGAGAACAUCCAGCGUGUGGCAGCAGGUGUGCUGUGUGAACUGGCUCAGGACAAGGAGGCUGCCGAGGCUAUUGAAGCUGAAGGAGCCACCGCUCCCCUCACUGAGCUGCUGCACUCCCGUAACGAGGGCGUUGCAACCUAUGCUGCAGCUGUCCUGUUCCGCAUGUCUGAGGACAAACCCCAGGACUACAAGAAGCGUCUGUCAGUGGAGCUGACCAGCUCUUUGUUCAGAACUGAGCCCAUGGCCUGGAACGAGACUGGAGACCUGGGACUGGAUAUGGGAGCUCAGGGAGACCCUCUGGCUUACAGGCAGGAUGAUGGAGCCUACCGGGCCUACCCAGCAGCCUACGGCCAGGACUCUCUUUUGGACCCAAUGAUGGAAGGUGCUGACUACCAUACUGACACUCUGCCCGACCUGGGCCACCACACUGAUCCGCUGCCAGACCUUGGCCACACCCAAGACCUGAUGGACAGCAACCAGCUGGCCUGGUUUGACACAGACCUGUAGGAUGUUGUAAUCGGAUUGAACCUCCAUUGUGAUUGGCCUGUAUUGUCUGAAGCAGCAUUAUGAUUGGCACGUAGAGUGGUUAAAGGUAAAGAGAGGAAUAAGAGGUCUUGGAAAGUGCCACACACAAGAAAAUAAAGAAGAUGGUUGCCAUUGGAAUGUUAAAGCAAGUUGAAGUGGGAGGAAAAGAAAGGGUUAAAGUAUCAGAGAGAUGUGGAAUCACACAAUGGAGCAGGUUACCUAUAUGGAUGAGUGCACAUGAGGUGGAUCUUAAAAGUUUGAAACACAUGUUUUAGCCUUGCCUGUAUUCUUAUCAGUUUUUUUGUUUCUAUUUUUCUUAUUCUAUUUUUUUAUUUCUUUUUGUAUUACUCAUUCUCUGUUAUGGUACUGACCCAGCUUGCCUUCGCACUAGCCAUCUUCAUUUUCUCUUCAAUGCUAAUCAUUUGUAAUUCUUAUUUUUUAAAACGUAUAUUACAUGUAGUGUUAAGUUAUAGUGAUAUUAUACAAUGUUCCUUUGGUUUAUGGCCGAAUGUGUAGAACACUAAUAAUCAGUUGAAUUGUACUCUGACUUAAAGUGUAACAUUGUGUAGUGUUUUUUUUAUAAUCUCAAAAAUGGAGAAUUAUGCAUUCUUAAUAUGUGCUUGUUUAAGCAUAAAAUAUGUCAGUGUCACAAAUGUUCUAAAGAGGGAGAUGGGUAAAAUUUAGGGUGGGUCGGGGAUAAAUCUAGAGACAAGUGUUUUAUAUACAGUAUCACUGGUAGGUUAACAACUAUUUUGUAUGCUAUCAUUGGAUGUCUGAUAGAAAAGUCUUUAACGCUAUCGUUGGUGGUCUAAUAAAACCCAGUUUUAUGUGCUAUCAAGGGUAGCUAGGUUGAUGAACCAGUUGUAGUCCUGCUGUGCUUAUUUUGGAGACGAGGUUAUGACACGGCUGAACAAUAAAAUGGCAUUUUAUUUCA